AUGCGUGCCUUCGCCAAGGGUUACACCUUCAACUUCAUCGAGGGCGAAAUGUACGAGAAAUCCCCGUUUACGCUGUUGGACUUUCUGCAGCAGCGAAAGCGCUGGCUGCAGGGUAUCCUGCUGGUCGUUCACUCGAACACGAUCCCGAUGCGGAACAAGCUGCUGCUCAGUAUCAGUGUGUACUCCUGGGUCACGAUGCCACUGUCCACCUCGAACAUGAUCUUCGCCGGACUGUACCCGAUACCGUGCCCGAAUGCGGUGGACUUUCUGUGUGCAUUCAUUGCCGGGUUCAAUAUCUACAUGUAUGUGUUCGGAGUGAUCAAAUCGUUUUCGCUGUACCGGUUCGGGGUGGUCAAGUUUCUGGCCUGCGUACUGGGAGCUCUGUGUACCAUUCCUAUAAAUGUGAUCAUUGAGAAUGUGGCCGUGAUCUGGGGCCUUGUCGGGAAGAAGCACAAGUUUUACGUGGUGCAAAAGGAUGUUCGGGCACUGGUGACAGUUUAA